AUGAUGUUUAGAAGUGGAACAUGGAUUUUGAUUUUUGCCUAUAUAAUAGUGACAACGGCAGAGGGUCCUCAAUGCCCGCCAUCCGUUCCCUCAGAACGGUGUCAAGAUAAUGGGUCAGCAGUCGACGAAUACUUUUUCUACGUUAAUGGUCAAAAAAUGACAAUAAUUUACAACGUGAAUUAUUUAUACAUCGAAUGCUUGGAAAAUUUGACACUGGAAAGUGAAGAGAUGCCUAAGCUCAGGAAACUAGUGGAAGUGAGUCGCGUAAAGCUGUCGGGCUGCGCGCCGCCGACGGGCGGGUACGCGCGCGCGCUGCGCGGCCUCGGCGUCGGCGUCGGCGGCACGCUCGAGCUCGUGCGGCUGCCGGCGCGCCCGCCGCUUGCGGCGCUGCACCUGCGGGACCUGUCCGUCGUCGCGCUCUUGAUAUCGGGCGUCGACGAGUCUCUCCAGCCCGACCCCGCCUUCCUCGAGCCCCUGUCUAAGCUGCUCGACCUGCGCCUCACGAACGUGUCGCUGUCGCCGGCCGCCGCGCUGCGCCUGCCGGCCACGCUGCGCUCGCUGGCACUGCAGCAGGCGCGGCUGGAGCGGCUGCCGGCGGCGGUGUUCGCGCGGCUGCCGGCGCUGGCUGCGCUGCGCGUGCGCGACGCGGCGCUGCGCGAGCUGGACCUGUCGCUGGCGCCGGCGCUGGGCGAUGUGGUGGCGGCGGCGCCGCUGGAGGGCGUGGCGCUGGGGCCGCGGCUCGCCAACCUGUCGCUGGAGGGCGCGCGCUCGGUGGAGCUGCGCGGCGAGGGCGCGGCGCUGCGCUCGCUGGCGGCGCGGCGCUGCAACCUCACGGCGCUGCCGCCGCGCUGGCUGGCGGCCGCGCCCGACCUGCGCGAGCUCGACCUCUCCUACAACAACCUGGAUCACUUGUCCAGCGAGCUGAUCGCGUCGCUGUCGCGGCUGGAGACGCUGUCGCUGGCCGGCAACCGGCUGCGGCGCGCGGCGGCGGCGGCGGCGGCCGCGCUGCCGGCCCUGCGCGCGCUCGCGCUCGACCGCAACCCGCUCGGCGACCUCUGCGGGGACGGCGGCGACGGCGACGACCUGCUCGCCGACGGAAACAGCGCCGUGGCCUCAGAAACGGCCACGCACUAUAGCACAAGGGUAGAGUUGUAUUCUCUCGCAACUCUGACCGUCUUACUCUUAGUUAUUGGCUACAUUUUAUGGAAACGCUGCAAAAAUCAAUUUGCAAACUUUAUGAGAAGAACACUACUGGAUAAUACUGCUGUUGUCAUGAGACAAUCAGACCAAUGGCAGAACCAAGGAUGUCAGCAAGGCUUCCUGGUGGCGCGCGGGCUGUGCGUGCGCUGGGUGGGCGCGGACGAGGACGCGGGCCGCGACUACGACGUGUUCGUGUCGUACUCGCACCACGACGCGGCGGCGGCGGGCGAGCUGGCGGCGCGGCUGGAGCGCGGCGCGCGGCGCCUGCUGCUGCACGAGCGCGACUGGGCGCCGGGCGAGCUCAUCCCGGCGCAGAUCGCGGCGUCGGUGCGGCGCGCGCGGCGCACGCUGGCGCUGCUGUCGCCGCACUACACGGCGUCGCGCUGGGCGCGCGCGGAGCUGCGCGAGGCCUGCGCCGCCGCGCUGCGCGACGCGCGCCCGCGCCUGCUGCUGGUGCUGCUGCCGGGCGCCGCCGUGGCCGCCGCCGCCGCCGCCGAGCCCGCGCUGCGCGCCUACCUCGCCGCCGUCACCUACCUGCGCUGGGAGGACCCGCGCUUCUGGGAGAAGCUGGACGCGGCGCUGCCCGCGCCCCGCGCGCCCUCCCCCUCCCCCGCCGCCCCCGCGCGCGGCCCGCUGCCCGCGCCGCCCCGGCGCCGCCGCGUGACGAGGAGUGUGUGCAAAAUUAGGCUUUUGCCAAAA